CUAUAUUUGACCAAAACUCUUCUUCGUCUGAACUUCAUUUCUCAUUUCAAUAAAAACUCACUUCAAUUCUUCUCCAAUCCCCUGUAAUCUAAUCCCCCCGGCAGGGCUUCUAAUUUCCUUCCAUUCAGAUCAGAAAAUCAAGAAAACAAGAGACACGGAAACAUGGGAUUCUCCAAAGAAGAUAGAAGAAUUCUAAGAUGGAUCAAAACUGUCUUCUUCUUGAUCUCCAUGCUGAUUUCACUUGUCCUGUUAUCCGCGCCGAUCGUCCUCGUCAUCGCCGAUACUCUCUUGCCGUCGGCCCUGUUAUCGGCGGCGCUUUCUCCGGCCGCCGUCUCCCUCCAAACCCUCUCCUCCCUUCUAAGGAACUAUGACUUCCGGUCCUCCCUCAUCGACAUCCCCCUCCUCUCCAUCAUCCGAUCCGCCAUCAUUUUGUGUGUUUAUAGCUUGUGCGACGGUCCGAGGUUGUCGAGGGGACCGUACCUGGGAAUCGCGACGGUGUGUUCGGUUUCGUCGUUUGUGUUCUUGUCGUUGAAGGCGUCGUACAUUUUCGGGAACAGCUCGAGAUGGGGCGUUAAUGGCGGAGGUAGUUACAGUCGGGCUAUGGAGAUGGCACUGUUUUUUUGCUCGUUUGCCAUGGCGAUUGCCCACAUACUGGUGGCCUAUAGAAUCAGUUGCAGAGAAAGGAGAAAGCUUCUUGUUUACAAGAUCGACAUUGAAGCUGUUUCUGCGUGCAAGAAUGGAUUUUCAAGAUACCCAAAAGUGUUACUCCAAGAAAGAGUGAAGUAACAACAAGAAGCAAGGAUAAACAGUUUUCUUGGACCAAAUCCAGUUUUUCCCCACAGGUUUUAGGUUCAUCCAAAGGAGAUCUGCAGCCUGCUUGGUCCAAGAAAUAUGUUAUAAAGUAAAUAUAUAUAAAUGCUAUAUAGAAGUAGGAGAAAAUCAUAUAUAUAUAUAUGUAUGUAUGUAUGUAUAUAUCUCCACUAGAGGUUACCAAAAUCGUGUGUGGAAAGUGAUGCUUGCAAGCUUGUGCAGCAUAUAAAGUAUAUAUCUGGACAGAUGUAUAGGAAGAUUCAACACACUAUUGUGCAGCAAUAUUGCCAACAUGUACAGAUUAUUUUAUUAAUUAAUACAAAUUGAUAUAUAGUUUGUUUUUA